GUAUGGCUCUAGGACUGCCAUGCAUACGUGGGCAGAGAUGAAUGAAGCGUAUUGUGUGAUCUGACCACUUUUAAUGAGAGCAUGUUGGAAUGGAUAUAGAGCUUUUAAUGAAUGCCUGCCUUACCUAUUCUAUGUCCAAGGCAAGAAAGAAAGGAGAAAAUUUGAGCAACAUUCCGGGCUCCUCCUGUACUUGGAUUGGAACCGAGAUCUAUCAAAAGACUCCUUAGAUCUUCUUCAUCAUACUCCAUACACAUCACCGUACUAAUACAACUGAUCGAUGGUACGUUGCAGGCAAGAUCUAGGGAAGUAUUUUGUUUCACAGGAGGCAGUGUUUGAAGAAUGUUUAGCAGUAUGAGGAAAUGAGCUCACAUAGGAAUGGGAGGCGUGGGUGUACUUUUUGUUUAUGGUGAUUAGAUACAUGGAUGGAAGUGAAAUAGUGAGUGGGUGUUUGGAAUUGGGUGAGAUGAAGAUGGUGAUGAUUAGCUAUGGAUGGAAGUGAAAUAGUGGUGGGUUUUUGGAAUUGGGAAGGGGAGAAUCAUUGUUAGAACAUUGAAAAACAAACAAUUAGUAUUUGAUUGAGUAAGCAAGAACUCUAUGACUGGUUUUGAAUUUUGGAGAUUGGAUUUGGGUGGUGGUGGUGGUGAUUCUGGUUUGUUGUGAAUUGUGCAAUGGCGGCGCUGUGGUGAUGAGUGAGGAGGAUUGGGCUUUUGGCUUUGGUUUGGGUUUUAGCAGCUAUGGAGGACAUGAAUAUGAGCAUUAAUCAAAGUGGUGGUUUUUAUGGGUUGGAGUAUGGAGAUUUAAGAGUGGGUGGUUCUAUGAUGGCGCUUAUGACGGAACAAGAACAAGAUCAGCAAAAUGGCGAAAGUAUGAUGAGUGUGAGUGUACCUCUUCCUCUUCAUCCUAGCUCGGCCUUUUCGUCCUAUAACAACAACAAUGGGCAUGGGCAUGGUCAUGUUGAAGCUCUUCUGUCAGCCGCAGCCAUAUUUAAUGGUGGAGUGGAUCAUCAUCAUUCAAAGCAUCUUGUCGGUGGUCACUUCCAAACUGAACAGUUGGUGAUGAAUGAACAGCCCCCGGUCUUUUCAGAUUCGUCCUUGUCCUCCGUCAAAAUGGAGAUACACUCAAACCACUUGGAAUUGCACAGAAAAGGAGCCGCCAUAGCCGCCGCCGCCGGCGGUGGAGGGGGGAGAAGACCAUUCUGGCCGGAGCCUUCCUUAGUUGUGAGAGCUCUCUCUCAAUAUCAUCAUCAUCAUCAGCAGCAGCAGCACAAAGAAUCCAUUGUGACUUCAAUGGAGGAGGAGAGUGAAUCUCCCACUUAUAACAAUAACCCCAAGGAAUCCAUUGAUACAACCAAGGCCAAAAUAGCAGCCCAUCCUCACUAUCCUCGUUUGUUGGCAGCCUACAUGGAAUGUCACAAGAGUGGAGCUUCACCUGAAGUGGUGGCACUGUUGGACGAGAUGAUUGAGGGCAACUUACAUGGGAAAAGGUCUCCGACUAUAAGUCUAGGAGCAGAUCCCGAGCUAGAUCAAUUCAUGGAAGCCUACAGCAAAAUGUUGGGAAAACACCAGGCAGAACUCUCCAAGACAUGUAAAGAAGCCAUGAUGUUUAUAAACAAGAUGGAAACUCAACUCAAUUCAUUAGGCAUGAGCCUCCCUCCAGGCUACCUGGAAAGAGAAGAAGCAGGUGGAUCAUCAGAUGAAGAACUGAGCUGUGGGGAAAUGGAGUUGAACGAAGUAGACCCUCGAGCAGAAGAUAAAGAGUUGAAAGACCAGCUGUUAAGAAAGUACAGUGGAUACUUCAGCACACUAAAGAAAGAAUUUCUGAAAAAGAGAAAGAAAGGAAAGCUACCCAAAGAAGCCAGGCAAAAGUUGCUGGAGUGGUGGGACCUACAUAAUAAGUGGCCUUAUCCCUCGGAGACAGACAAGGUUGUUCUGGCCGAGAAUACUGGUUUAGAUCAGAAGCAAAUAAACAAUUGGUUCAUAAACCAACGCAAGCGCCAUUGGAAAGCUCCAGAAGAUAUGGAGCAGCUUAUAGUGAUGGAUGGCCUUAAUCCUCAAGCUGCUUCCUUCUACAUUGAUGGAAUAGAUGGCUGAAUCAUAUAAUUCUGUGCCUUCUUUUCCCCAAAUUAUGUCUAUUGUCUCAUUGCUAGAUCUCCAUUUGUACAUAUAUAACAAUGUAAAUCAAUGUCCCCCAAUACUUAUGAAAUACAUUGUGUUUUUUUCAUGUUCA